GUGGUGUAUUUCACAGCCACCUUCCCCUACGUGGUGCUGGUCAUCCUGCUAAUCAGAGGAGUGACCCUCCCUGGUGCCUUCAACGGCAUCCUCUACUUCAUAACUCCAAAGUGGGAGAAACUGUGGUCUGCAAAGGUGUGGAAAGACGCAGCCACUCAGAUCUUCUUCUCUCUGUCGGCUGCUUGGGGAGGCCUCAUCACUCUCUCUUCCUACAAUAAGUUCCACAAUAACUGCUACAGGGAUACUAUUAUUGUGACAUGUACAAACAGUGCGACCAGUAUAUUUGCUGGCUUUGUCAUCUUCUCGGUCAUUGGUUUCAUGGCACAUGAGUUGAAAGUGCCGAUAGAGCAGGUGGCGGAUGAAGAUCCCUGGGAAGGGUUCUGA